UCUCUCUCUCUCCUGCUGGCAGACAAACGAAUAGAAGCUCACGACUCGCCCUCGACUGGAGCCGACCACUGUCGCUUCCCAAUUCUAGGAGUGAAGGGGAUCAAUGGAGCUGCGACUGGACCGAGAGGCGUGAAGCAACUCAUUGCCGUGAAUGAGCGUUGGCCAGUCCGACAAGUGCUGAUCUGAUCGGAUGACAGACUUGUUCUUGUCAGCGUGAGCGAGUCGCGGCUGUGACUGAUGGAUCCGGACAUCCGCACCCGAACGAUGCUGCCAUGUUAACAACACCUGACUCUUCCGAUGACCACGAGAGAUGAUGGACCGCACAGGUGAACGCGCGACGGCUCCUUUCUAGGUCAUGUUCCGAGCUCAUCCGCACGACAUGGAUCUGAAAGUAGAACCAGAGGAGUCGGACUCUCACGACCAGCCACCGCCUUUAGAAGUUUUCGCCCACAGGUCCACGCUCCACGGAAUCUCGCACAUCUUCACCAACGAGCGCGUCUGCGUCAAGCGCUGCCUGUGGCUCGUCUUCUUCCUGGGAUGCCUGUCCUUUUUCAUCUACGUGUGCGUGGACCGCAUCAACCUUUAUCUCGAAUACCCGCACGUCACCAAACUGGACGAGGUCGCGACGCAGAUCAUGACCUUUCCGGCCGUCACUUUCUGCAACUUGAACGCGUUCCGCUUCAGCCAAGUGAGCAGCAACGACCUGUACCACGCAGGUGAGCUGCUGGCUCUCCUCAACCACAGGUAUGAGAUCAGAGACGUUCACCUUGUCGAGGAGAGCGUCCUGGAGAGUCUGAAGGUGAAAGCCGACUUCCACAAUUUCAAGCCCAAACCUUUCAACAUGCUGGAGUUCUACGAUCGCACCGGCCAUGACAUCAAUGAGAUGCUCCUUUCCUGCCGCUUCCACGGCUCAGAGUGCACAGCAGCGGACUUCAAAGUGGUCUUCACUCGGUAUGGGAAAUGCUACACCUUCAACGCUGGAGGAAACGGACGUCCGUCUCUCGUCACCACGAAAGGAGGGAUGGGAAACGGCCUGGAGCUGAUGCUAGACAUCCAGCAGGAUGAGUACCUGCCUGUCUGGGGAGAGACAGAUGAGACCUCAUUUGAAGCUGGAAUCAAAGUCCAGAUUCACAGUCAGGACGAACCCUCCUUCGUUGAUCAGCUGGGCUUCGGUGUCGCUCCUGGAUUCCAGACAUUCGUCUCCUGCCAGGAACAGCGGCUGAUCUACCUUCCACCGCCCUGGGGCGACUGCAAGGUGACCUCCAUGAACUCGGACUUCUACGACACGUACAGCAUCACCGCCUGUCGCAUCGACUGUGAAACACGCUACCUGGUCGACAACUGCAACUGCCGCAUGGUGCACAUGCCUGGUGACGCUCCGUACUGCACCCCUGAGCUUUACAAAGAAUGUGCCGACCCAGCUCUAGACUUCCUGGUGCAGAGGGACAACAACUACUGUUCGUGUGAGACGCCGUGCAACAUGACCCGCUUCAGCAAAGAGCUGUCUUUUGUCAAAAUUCCCAGCAAGGCCUCGGCGAAAUAUUUGGCCAAGAAGUACAACAAGUCAGAGCAGUACAUCAAGGAGAACAUCCUGGUGCUGGAUAUUUUCUUUGAGGCUCUGAAUUAUGAAACCAUCGAACAGAAGAAGGCAUAUGAAGUGGCUGGAUUAUUGGGUGAAGUUGCUGACACAACAAUUUGUCGCGCUUCAGCAAACAAAUCCUCAUGGCUGCUCUGGCUGUUUCUUAUCUUUUCUGCCUCUUCAGGUGAUAUCGGAGGGCAAAUGGGACUCUUUAUUGGUGCAAGCCUUCUGACCAUCCUGGAGCUGUUUGACUACCUGUACGAGGUGAUAAAGCACAAGCUGUGUCGCUGCUGCGGCCGGAAGCACCAGCACCACGACAUCAGCGACCAGGGAACCGUCCUCAGCCUGGACGACGUCAAGUGUCACGUCAGUAACUUCCAUUAGUGAUCGCAGACUACUGAGCUGAUGCGCCUGAUGGUGUCGCUGAAGUGGACGCUGCUCUAGACCAACACCAUCAUCUGGUGGACCCUGAAGCAUCAACUAAACCUGCAUGUCCGUCCGGAGUCACUCGAACAGUGGGGGAGCAGACAGGAAUCACGUCUUCAGUUGGUCAACACACAUUAUCUCCAGUCACAAGUUAUUCCUUUUCGCUCUUGCAUGGCUCUUGUUUUCCAGCUUUAUGAUGAAGACCACCGAGCUGAUUUAUUCUUUGCUUCUAUUUUGCAUUCAUGUUUGUUUUCAGUGAAUUUGGCAAACAGAUUUUACUACCUCAUCCUGCAGAGAGGAAGAGUCCUGAGGGCUGCCUGAGUCAACAUUUACAAAACAAUUUGAACAUUCAACAGGCUUUUUAAAUAACUGAAAAAUGUUUCAAUUCCGUGCCAGGCCUUAAAAUACCUGUUCAGUUUUCAGUGCAGAAUCGAUAUUUUGCUCCCAAAUUGAAGCUGGAUAUUUUUAUCUCAAAUAUAUUAUAUUAUGUCAAACAUGAUGCGUAAUUCUGAAAUAAACAUUUCAAAUUCAUCAUCAUUAAAAACGAAACCAAGUCAUGUCAAUGCAGCAUAUUUGUGUUAUUGAUGUUGUCUUUUUGGUCUUAAACAAUACCCCAUUUUGAUUUCACAUGAUUGUCAUAAUGAUAUGAAAUGUAUCCAUUUCUUUCUAUAUUAGAUUGGCCACUUUUUUGUCAGUUACAUUUUAAUAUUGUAUUUUGAAAUUGUUGUGAUCCAUACAUGUUUAGUGUUUUUAUAGCAUUUUCAUUUUAUAUAUUUUUUAUGUGUCAUAUUUUAAAUCAUAUUUAUUUGUAUUUGCUUCAUAUAAAAGACCACUCACAACUGUCUCAUUUUUAAAUAUUUCCAGAAUUGAAUAACCUAUUUUAGCAUCAUUUUUAUUAGUUUAAAUGUAUUUGUAACAAUGUUUAUUGAUGACAUAAAUGUCACUGCUCGCCAAAACCAAACAUCUGAUAGAUAUGACCAUGUUCAGGACUCGAAACAAGGAAGAUGACUUGGAUGAGGAACUUGCUCUGCUGAAUGUUCUCCAUGUUCUAGGGCUCCAGCUGCAUGUAGCACUCGACGCCAUGACUGUGACACGCGCUGCACCUCCAGUCAUCUGUCCAGCUCAACUGUGUCAGCAUGUUUUCCUCUGUGAGAGUCACAAACUGCUACUGAAGCUGACAUCAUCAGAAUGGAAACCCCUCUUGUUUCGGGUAUCAUCGUCUGACAGUAUCGGCCUUGUCGGGAUGGUUCAUGUUUACAGGCACUGAACCUCGGUUGUAAUUACAUGUAAAUACUGCAAUGACUAUGAGGAAUAAUCAUAUUGAAUUAGCAUAGUCUGAACAGAUGUUUGUCUAUUUUUCUGUAAAUACAAUCUAAAGGCUUGUGCGACAGCCUUUUUUUUUUUUUUUUGGUCAGGAAUCAUGGUUUACUCUUUGAUGCUCCCAGACUCCCCAUCAGUGAUUUGUCUUCGGAUUGAUGUGUGUUGUCGGCUGCAUGAGACCAUCGACUUGUCGGGGUUCAUUUAUUUUUUUAGCAACAGAGGAUUGAUUCAUGAUGUUCAAUAGAUGAGUCAUUGUGGAAUUAA